AUGGGGGAGAAAACUCUCUCGUCGCGGGCUUUGCUUGCAGUGGCCCCGAUGAUUGCAGUAUCGAAUACGCAUUUUCGGAACUUCAUGCGCCUGAUUACCCGUUAUAGCACCCUCUACACCGAGAUGGUCGUUGACUCCACCAUACUGCACAACACGCAUCAACUGGAAGAAAUUCUUGGUUUCGAUGAAAUCGAGCACCCUAUUGUUUGCCAGCUUGGCGGUUCAAAUCCCCAGACGGUUGCUGAGGCAGCCACGUGGGCACAGAGAGCGGGGUACGACGAACUCAACCUCAACGUUGGGUGCCCGAGCUGCCGAGUUGUGGCCAAGGGUUGCUUCGGAGCGGCGCUGAUGAGAACUCCUGCAAAGGUAAGGGAUAUCGUACAUGAAAUCAAGAGGCGGGUGCAGAUUCCUAUAACUGUGAAGUGCCGACUUGGGAUUGACCACUUGGACUCUCCGGAAUUCACGCGAGACUUCGUAAAUGGGGUAGACCCGAAGAAGAACCGCUCCAUUCCUCCACUGCUUUAUGGAAGGGUGUUUGAACUGUGUGACACCUUCCCCGACCUCCGCUUUUCUCUAAAUGGGGGAGUGAAAACUCUGGAAUUGGCACAAAAACUUCUGAGUGGGGAAUGGAGGGAAGCGGAAGACCCAAGAGUAACGCGCUGUCUUAGCGGGGGAUAUGAAAGUGCAGAUGGGCUGCAGGUCCGAGGGCUGCACGGGGCCUACUCGGACUACCUGGAGCAUUACGAAGCACGCACCGAAAAACGAAAAAGCGCAUUUGUCCUGUUGAAGCCAGUCCUCGGCGUUUUGAGCGGCAUGCCAGGGCAGAGGCACUUCAGAUAUGCCCUUGACACUAAAAUACGCCGCUCAGCUCCGGACGAGACGGCGGUGGAGGUGCUGCACCACGCCAUCGAUGCCGUAGACGAUGAAUUCCCGGGGGUACUCGAUUACCCAUUAAAUAUGGGGAAGAACCCACGAUACGAAGAGAUCAGUUCAUCGUUAGAUCACCUGGGGCGUUUUCCUGAUGAUAUUGCUGUGAAGGAGAACGUCGAAUUAACAUUCUUGUCUCUUAAAGACUUCGCCCGAAGCCCCUUGGGCAUUUGUCACACGUUGCUGGCUAUUUAUGCCACAGGGGGAGCCAUUGGCGCUUCUCUGGCGAACUCCAUCGGUCCUAGAGGAACCCUCAUUGUUGCGUCUGCAGUCCAGCUUGUUGGCUGUUUCGUGGCGUUUGGGCUUGAGGAAUUCAACGAGCUGUUCAACGCACCUCAUUCGCUGCCGGACUUGAGUGUUCUUUCUGUGAAAGUGGAAUUCCAUCGUUUUGGCUCAAUCGCCUACAGAUGUGCUUCGAAUUGCGUAGUUAUGUUUGUGGGCCUCUUCCCGAUAUUGAUGGCGCGUUAUGCGUUUACGCCGAUCGUCGUAAAUAUAUACAGGCUCACACCCUCUCAAAGCAAUCUCCUGGUUACUCUCAUUGGAGCCGUCAUGAUUGCUGCCGAAGGUACCAUCUGCCAGCCGUACGGACGAAAUACACUCAAGAAAGACAAACAUGUACAGGUCUCCUUGCACCUUUGUUGGCCACACGCUACGCCCAAGUAA